UAUUAUGAAAGAUGUGGUUCCUGUCACUUUAAAAAAAAACUAUCAGUCCUAUUACAUGGUUGCUAAGUGACCAGAACACACUCCAUUUGUAUGAAGAACAGAAGUUCAGUAAGAAAUUCCAGAGGCUGAGAGGAGGAGCACUUAAGCCUUCUGUGAAUUAGGACAAACUAUCUUAGUACUGCACCAGACAAUUUUAUGAUACAUUAAGGUGCAGAUUUUACAUUGAAUUAAGCAAAGCAGACAAGUAGUGCUGUUUUCUCCAGUUUGGCAAACUGAGCUAAGAUUCAGCCUUCUGUGAGAAACAAAAGCUUUAAGGGAAAAACGUUAUGCCAAAACUAAAAGGAAAACCAAAAUCAAAAUCCAAUUCAGAUCUCUACAUUCUUGAAAAGUUCCUGCAGACAUAUGAAAAGCAUUGUAUGCUCUCCCAAACUUGUAUCAGUCCAACUAUAAAACAAGGUUUACAGAAAUGUAUAUCAAAUGAGACAUUAAUCACUAAGUUUUUGCUUACCAAUGUGGAAACCUUAUCAGGAAACCUGCAUCCAGUUUCCCUUACGCCUUUACUAAGGACAAUUCGAGAUGAACGGUAUCAGUUGGGAAAAGAACUGUGUGUUCAGGGAAUUAAGACAAGUCCUCAAGAUAUCGCAAAUCUUGCAAUCUUACUUGAGCUAGAUGGACGUACUAUCUAUCCAUUUUCAAAAUUAGAAAUAACUCAUCAAGUGUUAGAUCUCUGGAGCACGGACAGACUUGGAGUAGCUUUGCCUUACAGCAAUCUGAAUUCUCUUGUAUUGGAUUAUUCAAAAUGUGGAGAUGAUGGUAUCAAUAGGCUUACUUCUGGAUUAGAGGGCAACAGGAAGCUUUUAACUCUGAGUUUUUGCUACUGUGAUUUAGGACCUGAAAGUGGGACAACACUAGCCAGACUUGUAACACAAACUGCCAUUUGUAACCUGUUCCUUAAUGGUAACCACUUGCAAUGUCUGGGUGCCAUUGAACUCCUCAAACCAAUAGCAGAGUAUGCAGAAAAGCUUGGACAAGAAAAGAAGGCAAAUGCUUUGGCAUACAGCAACGAUACUGCUCACGAGAAUCUAGAUGUAAACAAAGCCACGACUAUUCAUUCAAAAGCUGUCAGUUUGAUAACCAAUUCCAAAAGAAAUAGUUCUACUGAAAUGGAAAGCAAUGGAAAGAAAAAGAAAAGAAAAGGCUUUAAAAAAAGAAGUAAGAAACCUGACCCAGGCCCAUGGUUAGCAAAACUGCAUUUGUCUGAUAAUGCUAUAGAUGGAAAGUUUAACCAAGGAGAGAAGAACCUGUGGAAGUUCAUUCUGCUUUUGACCUGUCUGAUCAAGAAUUCUCACCAUCUUGUGGAAGCUGAUAUUAAUGGCAAUGCCAUAGGUGAACAGUGUGCAGUCAAGAUACUGGAAGCUCUUCAGGACCGAAAGAAAGAAGGACUGCCACGCUUAAAAAUUAAAAUAACUCCCCAGAUUUCAUCAGUAACCUUUGAGAAAAUUUUCAGGAGUUGCUCAAAAACCAGUCGAAUCAAAAAGAGAAAGAAGAAAACCAAGUGAUCAUGAAAUUUGUAUAAGCUUUCUGAAGAUAUUACAUUCAAGGCCUUUGAUAUACUUCAACAGUUCUUUACACGUUCUAACUUUUGUAAAGUCUAUACAAAAUCUUCUCAAAAUUUCUCCUCAGGAAAAUUUAAAAAUAUGAACAGAUGCAAUUGUAACAGUUCUUACAAGCUUUAUUUAUUGAACUAAAGUUAUGCAAC